AUGACUGCCGCCGCCGCCGCCGCAGCUCCCUCCCACGCGCGCCUCGCGGGGGCCGCCGCGCCCCGCUGCUCCUGCUCCCCCAGGGAGGCGUUUGGGUGGUGGUGCUCGCGGUCGCUGCAGCUGCUGACGCGGAGGGGCCGAAGGACGAGGACGAGGAGGGCGGCGGCGGUGUACCCGAAGAUGGCGCAGCCGCCGAUCCUGUCCGUCGCGCUGCCGUCCGACACCGGCCGCGUGCUCAGCAUCCAGUCCCACACCGUCCAGGGGUAUGUUGGCAACAAAUCGGCUGUCUUUCCCCUGCAACUCCUUGGCUUUGAUGUGGAUCCAAUAAACUCUGUACAGUUUUCUAAUCAUACAGGAUACCCAACAUUUAGAGGUCAGGUUCUCGAUGGCAAACAGCUCUGGGAUCUUAUUGAAGGACUGGAGGAAAAUCAGUUGCUUCAUUAUACCCAUUUAUUAACAGGUUAUAUAGGCUCAGUUUCCUUUUUAGAAACUGUGCUACAAGUUGUUGACAAAUUACGAUCAAUCAAUCCUGAUCUUGUAUAUGUUUGCGACCCAGUUCUAGGUGACGAAGGAAAACUAUACGUUCCUCAGGAGCUAAUAUCUGUUUAUCAACAGAAGGUUGUUCCAGUUGCUUCAAUGCUUACACCUAACCAAUUUGAAGUUGAACUACUUACUGGAUUGAGGAUCACCUCCGAACAAGAUGGCUUGACAGCUUGCAAUACCCUCCACACUGCCGGACCACAGAAGGUGGUUAUAACUAGUGCACUUACUGAAGGCAAGCUGCUCCUUAUCGGAAGUCACAAAAAAACAGAGGAACAACCGCCAGAACAAUUUAAGAUUGAGAUACCAAAGAUACCUGCAUAUUUCACGGGAACUGGAGAUUUAACGACUGCUCUACUACUAGGAUGGAGUAAUAAAUAUCCUGAUAACCUCGAGAAAGCGGCAGAACUGGCAGUUUCCAGUUUGCAGGCACUUCUGAAAAGAACUGUGGAAGACUAUAAGAUGGCUGGCUUCGACCCAUCAACCAGCAGCUUAGAGAUCCGGUUGAUCCAAAGCCAGGACGAUAUCCUAAACCCAACCAUUACAUGCAAGGCUGUGAAGUAUGGAAACUGA